CACCACUCACAUCCCCCAGCCAUGCGUGCCUCCUUGCCGCUGCUCACAAGGGCGCUGCUGCGCUCGCAGCUCUCCACGCCCGCGCUGCUCGCCUCGCUCUCCAACCCGCACGCCACGCUCCCGCAGCUGCUCGCCUCUCUCCCUUCUUCCGGCGUCGGCGCCAAGAUCCGGCAGCGCCGCUGGGCCGCAAAGGGGCUCGACGUGCCGGCGGGCCAGGCGCUCAGUGGGCCGAUCCCGCGGGAAGAGCGGGCGCAGGCGGGCGAGGCAGGCUGCUAUUGGCUCGUCACGCGCACACAGCUCAAGCAGGGAGGGAAACACGGCAAGGCGUGGGGACGCCUCGUGUGGCGAGGGAAGCAAGUGACGCCCUCUGAUCGCGAGGAGCAGAUCCGCGGCGGGCUCAAGUACGUCUGGGAGCGCGCAUAG